AUGCCUUUCACUGCUUCUGACAUCUGCAAGCUCAUCUUCGCCAUCAUCCUCCCCCCUCUGGGUGUCUUCCUGGAGCGCGGAUGUACCGCUGAUUUGCUGAUCAACAUCUGUUUGACCAUCCUGGGUUGGAUCCCUGGUGUCAUUCAUGCCUUCUACAUUAUUUUCAAGUAUUAG